UUUCACUAUUUCUAGUAAAAAAACGAAGAAGAAGUUUAAUAUGUCAACGGACCAUUACGCUUCGAAAUUUGCAAAUGAGUACAUUCAUAAAUACAAAAGAGAUGCUAAUGUCUCUUCAGGUGCCGACACAUCGAGCACGGAUGAAUUUAAUACUCAAGCAAAUAUGACUUCAUUUCCUUUUAAACCUACACCCAGUGGUAACUUGAAAGUGCAAUCAAACCAGGUAGUGUUUCAGUCAUCUACAGUCGGAGUACUUUUAGCUGACCCUACACAAGCCAAAGUUAAAGUUAAAUUUGAAGGAAAAACUGCCGGAGAACCGGAUGACAUACAUAAUUUUGAGACUAGUAACGAUUCAGAGCCUUCAUUACAUUACGGUAUUCGAGAAGUAAAAACGAAUACACAAAACAAAACUACAGUGGAUAAGAAUACAAAAGUAAAGCCUCUCAUAACACAAGAAGAUACAGGAAAGUAUUUGAGCAGUCUUGGGUACACGACAACGGAACCAAUAGACUGGCUGCGGAUACAACUUCCUAAGAAGCAAGAUAUCUUCCAAGAAUUUUAUAAACGAAUACAUAAUUUUAUAAAUACAGAUACUGUCGUUCAUAUUUGUGACGAAGAGUUUCACUGUCAUCGAAUUGUACUUCAGAUUUAUUCCUCCUAUUUUAAUAUGAAUGUCCAAAGUGAAUUCGAUUUGUCCGCUGCCAGUAUUACUCCGGAAACGUUUCAUAUAAUAUAUGAAUGGAUGUUAUUCAGUGGAACGGAAAGCAAUAAAAUACUGAAAAGAGAUAACGUUUUGGAUUUAUUUUGUGCCGCCCAAUACCUGGAAAUUAAAGAUUUGGAAGAUCAAUGUUGGUCGUUUAUUAUGAAUGAAAAUUUAUUUAAUGAAGAUACAGCCUUCGCAUUGUACAGAGAAGCCAGAUGUAAAAAUGUCACACCCGUAAAGGAAUUAAUGGUGCCCAGAAUAAUGCGGUUCUUUUUACCGCUGGUUGCUUCUAACGAUUUUCUUCAACUAGAGCCUGAGGAAAUAAUAACUUUUCUCAAAUCUAAUUACAUUUGUGUAACGAGCGAAAUAGAAGUUUUAAUGGCUGGAGUGCGUUGGUUAAAAGCGAACUGGUCAAAUCGGAGUCCCUUUGUGGUGGACGUGAUGAGAUGUGUGCGGUUCGGCCUCAUAUCGCCAUGGCAACUGGUUGAUAUCAAGAGGAACCCCGAGAACAACGAAAUCCUUGAAAUUGUAAACACGCCUGAAGUACAACAGAUGGUGGAUGACGGGCUUGCGUACGUUAUAAUUAAAUAUUGGUACGGCAAUAACUCAAAGAAUUAUUAUCAUUGGAUCGACGUUUUGGACCUUACGGAGCCAGCCGAGAGGAAUUGGUUUGGUGAAGAAAAGAACCACAUAACGUACAAGGACUUUCUCAAAUAUCUCGACCAGUUCUUGGUACCAAAGGAGCAGAUGUACCAACAGAUGGCGAUGAUGCAACCGCCGAGACGUCACGACGAUGUUCCAGGCAAUUUGCGUGGAAUGGAUCCAGAUAAAAUGGACAUAAGAAGGGCGAAAAUCGACUUUCCUUUGCCCGCCGCUUUGAGGGGACUGGCUAACGAUAAAUUUCCAACGAUGUGUGACUUUUUUGAGAGUAAAAGGAAGGUUAAAGAAGAUUGUCAACAUCACUCACCGAGUCGAUCUCCCCCACCGAUGGAAAAUGAUAUGCGAAAUGCAUUACAAGACUCGGCAAUGAGUCCGAACUUGGAAAAAAAUAAAAAGAAUUUAGAGGCGGAUUUUUCAUCAACCUUAUGCGAUCCACCUGAAAAGGACUCAGCGGAAGAGCUGAAUACUAUUAGUGAAACCAGCAGCGACGCUGUGGGAACCAGUACUACGGAAAAUAAUCAAUACGCAAGCAGACAAAACGAGAGGAGACACAGUGUCGCAGCCAAUUAUCUAGCUGAAGCGACCGCUGCUUUGACGUCUAGAAGAGAAAAACCAAGUCAAGCACAUCCUCAAGCACCGGGUAAUGUUCCUCGUCCGGUAACUCAAGCUGCCACAACGUCGGAUAAUAAGCUUUUCAGUCCGCAAAUUUCUAUGUUCAACCAUUCAAAAGAAUCGCUUGCAAGAAUCAAUAUGAAUAAGCUUUCAACGUCAAUUCUUGGACCAUCGAAUAAGAAUUAUCUCACGGAAGGCUCACUCUUUAACUGGGAUAGAGAAACUGUAUUGGUUUUUGGUGGUAUUGAUCCCCAUACGUCGUACGGUAUAGCGAGAAAUACGGGCAAAGAUAUCUUCAGAUUUGAUCCCGUCACAAACUCUUGGGAUUUGGUUGGAGAACUUCCAGAGCCUAGACAUCACCAUUCAGUUGCCUUCUUACGUGGAAGGGUAUUUCUUGUAGGCGGCGCAGAUCCUCGUGAAGAUGAUUUACGCGGUAAGUCUGUUGUGGUCUCAACGGUUUGGAGUUUUGAGCCAGUGACCCGGUCCUGGUACAGUGAAUCAGGACUCGCGAUACCUCGUAAAAAUUUCGGACUCGUAGUACAUCGUAUGGCUCUUUAUGCGAUCGGUGGACAGGAUAAAGAGGACAGGGUACUUCGAUCAGUCGAACGUUUUGACCCCAAAACUGGAUCAUGGAGUGAAGUGAGGGCAAUGGGCACAGCUAGAAUGGCAGCUGCAGUAGCCAAGUAUCGUGAUUAUAUAUGGGUAGCCGGAGGCAUGACUGGUAAAAAACGCCAUCCUGUUUCUGCCAGCGUUGAAUGUUACAAUUCCAAGACUAAUCAGUGGACAGAGAUACAUUGUUUACGGUUUCCGAGAUGUUUUGCCACUUUAUUUUCGAUGAAUGACAAAUUAUACAUCAUUGGUGGAGCCGGCAAGAUGUCUAGCAAGGAUAAAACAGCUAGUAGUGUUGGAGCUAUUGAUGUAUGGGAAUGGAAAGAGCGGCAGUGGAAGCUGGAAACGGAGAUGUCCAUACCGCGGCACGGACACGCUCUUGCCUACCUCGGAACACAACUUAUAAUUAUCGGUGGUGUAACAACUAUCUAUAUGCGAGCGCUGAGUAAUGUUGAGUCGUUCUGUUGCGAGCGCGGUGCUUGGAUACGGGGCGUUGCGACGUUGCCUUCACCUCUCUCUGGACACGGAUCCGUCACACUCCCACCUGCUUCACUCAUGUGACAUGUACACAAGGAAAUUAUAAAUAUUAUAUGGAAUAAUCCAUUUUUUUAAUAAAAUUCCAAGCGUUCAAAAAUUUUCGUCCUUUAAUCUAAAUUACUUUAAAUUCGAGACAGUUAUCUGUAACUACUUUAAACUUUAAAUUAUGUAAUCAAUUUCUGAACGUGAAUUUAGUUAAAAAAAUAAUUUGUAAUAAAAUUUUCAUAGUGAUAAAACUGAAAAUUUACUUUUUAUAUUUCUUGGAAACUAGUUAAAUUCGACCACGGGAAAUGAACGUAUAAUUUCUUGGAUGUAUGUAUGUCGUUUCCGAUGUUUACCGAAGUAAUAGCGUGAUUAAUGUCAAACGGCAUUUUCCCCUUAUUUUACUGAGUACUAAUGGUUUUUACAACUACAGUUAUUACGAUUCUUUACAUUACAUAACAUUAGGUACUUUAUGUGAGUCAUACACAUAGCUAUUGGAAAACAAGAAAAUAAUUGUUAAAUUAAGAAGUAGGAAAUAAUUUAU